AUGGUCAAUUGGAGCUGGACCUCUGCCCUAAUCGGAGCAGCAACGGCAACCGCCACAGCAGCACUGAUGUCGGCAAAGCCGAAAGAUCCGACGUUCCACCUCGUUUCCAUCAACAUCACUUCCUUCAAGCUCAGCCUCCCGUUAGUCGACGCCGAGGUCGUCCUCACCGUCCACGUAACGAACCCCAACGCCGUCCCCAUCCACUACUCCUCCACCGAGAUGUCGAUUUUCUACGCCGGAUCCUUGCUCGGCACCGCUAAGGUCUCUGCGGGAUCCCAACCACCAAAAUCCUGUCAGCUCCUCCAUCUUCCGGCACGGCUGAAUAGCAUGGAGCUGGCACACCACCCGGUGCAGGUACUGGCGGACUUGAAGCGGCGGGAGAUGGUGUUGGAUGCGACGGUGGAUAUUGAAGGUGUGGCCAGGGUUGCGUGGUGGGGACAUAGGUUUAAGGUACACGUGGAUAGUCACGUGACGGUUGAUCCUGUGUAUCUUGAUGUUGUUGAUCAGGAAAAUAAAUCAGAUUUGGAUUUAUUUGUUGCUUAA